GCUAGUGGUUUGACGAUACGUCGACGUUUCAGCAAGAAUUGGAAAAAGGGUUUUGGACAAGGUUGCGGCAACAAUGCUGCUCUUUCUGGUGGAGCUUCCCGCAUCUAACUGAGGCGAAGAUGAGGCAAAACGACGAUGGCAGAAACGACGUCGUUUCAGGCACUCGACGCACGCGGUCUCAAGCGGCUCCAGAUUGGAGCAUAACGGAAUCGCUGAUUCUGGUGAACGAAGUGGCGGCGGUGGAAGCCGACUGUUCCAUAACCCUAUCCUCGUACCAACGCUGGAACAUCAUUGCCGAUAACUGCGCCGCCUUGGACGUUCCUCGGAACUUGGCUCAGUGUCGCCGAAAGUGGCAUGCGCUGCUCUCUGACUACGACAGGUUCAGGGAAACCACGCGCCGCGACAACAAGUUUAGGUUGCCAACCAAUUUUGACGCCGAAUUGUUUAGGGCGAUUGAGCGGGUUGUCAAAUCGCGUGAAGAGCGAGGCGAGGUUGAUCCUGAAAGCGACACCGAAGCAGGGAACGAGGCGCGUGAUGCCACCGUCGAAAUCGGAGGGUGCAAACGAAAAAGGCAACGAAGCAGAUCUGAGAGACACCGAGUGCAGAAGCUUAAUAAAUGUUUUGAACAAGAGCCUGAGGAAAGCCAUGAUGAAGGGAAUGAGAAUAAUUCGGAUGAAGAAUUUUUGAAAGACUUUCUGGAAUCAAAACCAAAGAUGAAAUGUACUGCAGAAAAGCUUCUAAAGCACCCAUUGAUAUCACCAAAGAAUCUUGGCGAAGUAGAGCUUCAUGAAAACCAUAAUAUCGAAGGGUCAAAGCUGAUCGGUGUAGAAAAGUUAACAAUCAGCAGAGAAGAAAAUGAGGAAACAAUGACUCUGAAAUUGCAAGAGUUAGCAGAAGAGAUUCAAGCAAUUGCUACUGAAUCAGCGGCAGAUUAUAAGGGAGCUGGCUCACAGAAUGUAGAGGAUUACCAUACUGAAUUUACCAGGUGCCAAGGGGACAAGCUCAUAGCAAGCCUGGGAGAUUUCUCUAACACCCUUAAGCAACUAUGUGAUCUUCUCCAAAGAGUGUAAAUAAACCUUAGAAUGUUCUUUUUAUAAUUAUUUUCUAUCCUUCUUCGUGAAUGAAUGCAGCAUGGGAGAAUGCCGUGUUUUUUGUACUUGUGUCCGCUCCCUGCUUAUUCUUGUGUGAAAGUAAAUUAUUACAGCUUAACAAGGCUUUUUUGCCUACUAUAGAUAAUAACCAUCACUUUACCUUUUU